CUGCUUUCCAACCAACCAACCAAUCCACUUGCCGUUGCUUGCUUCAUUCUUCUUCUGCGCAGCAGCUGUGUGUGUGCGUGGUGCUGGUGGUGGGAAUGGUGAUGGUGAUCAUGGUCGUCGUCGCUGCUGACAGGCAGGGAGGGUGUGCGCACCGUCUCUCUCCCCUUCUCUCCCCUUCCUUCCUUCCAUCCAUCCUUCCAUCGUUGUCCAUUUUCUUCUCCUGUGAUGAACCACGCACAACCAACCAGCCAACCAACCAAUGACCACAUGAAUGACCCAUCCAUCGACAGAACAACUGCCAUCAGCCACCGUCAUGCAGCGGCCACCUUGAGAAUGGAUCAUGCAGCCUCUUCACCAAUGGAUGUAUUCCAUCAUCAUCAUCAGCAGCAGCAGCAGCAGCAGGUGCUGGCUGAUGCGUGAGGCAGUGGGCAACUCCCACCAACCAACCAACAAAUGACUACAUGCUGACGGAUGACAGGUGAUCGAACCACUGCAUCACCCAGACAGACGGCCCUUGAAUUAGCAGCUGUCACCCCCACCUCCUCCUGCACCAACCACCACUGCUCUGGUGGGAUGAACAGACGGGCGCUGCCAUGUGAUGACCAUCCAGCCACGCUGUAUGCGGCUGUGGAAACAGCAACACCAACACACACCACACCACAAACAAGCAAGCGAUGAGCAACCUGCUGGCGGAAGCUGGCUGUUUGCUGCUGGGAACAGGUGGCGACAGCACAAGUUGCACUUUCGGCGGGAAGCAGCAGCAGCAGCAGAGGCGAUGCGCACGCACAAGCAGCAGGAUGAGGGAAAUGUCGAGAAGACUUGCCACGCGUGCCAGGGGCGACUGCCUGAGGAUCGUUGGAGGAUGAUGGGCGGUGCACACAUGAUAGAUUGGGAGGAGCAGCUGUGGACACACACGUCCAUGGUCAUGGUGGGCACAUCCAACCACAGCGACGCAGUCAUCUCCUCUGUCACCGCCAUCACCACCGUCACCAUCAUCGCCAUCGACUGCAUAGCCGACAUCACACUCCGGCUGACACCAGCUCCAAUCUGGCGUGAGGAACACAUUGCACAUGUCACUCGCUCUCAUGAAGAGCGUUGAGGAGGCGCAUGAAGCGGUGGAACCAACGACGAUGACGAUGACGAGUGAUGCAGUGCCAUGCAUCCUGUCUCCGUCCAACCAACCAGCCAAGCAGCCGAGCGAGCGAGCAAAUGGACACGGCGUGGCAAGGGGCCGUUUGUUUUCACCGUUUCCACCACCAGCAGCAACAACAGCUGAUGUGUGGCUGUAUUUUGGAUGAACUGGCCUUCCGUCUCUUGUCCAUCUCCAUCUUCUCCCUCGUCGUUGUCGUCAUUGGUCACCAACAGCAGCGGCUGCGGCCGUGGAUGUGGAGGGUGUGAUGUGCGUCGAUGUGCUGUUGCCUCGCAUGACGACGACGAUGAUGGUGGACGAUGGCCGUUCUCUUCCCAAGUCCUCAUGACAUGAGCAGGGCGAUACACGCACACACACAACCGUGCGAGAAAAGAAGGCACAAGGCGGACGUUGUGCGGGUUUCCCCGAC